CAAAAAAAAAAGUGUCGCAAUCGUUAUAGUUUAUCCACGCCGUGAACGCUAUAUAUCCAGUGGUUACAAGAGGUUGCACUUUAAACGUGUUUUCGCAUUGUACAAUCGUCAUUUGACGGAACUGGAAGAGUACAUUAUGAAGCGACUAGCGAGUCUAUUUCUGAUUAUCAUCUUGACUGCAGAAUACGCCAGUGCUGUAUCUCUGCGAAGACGGAGAGAUGCCAGCGAUGAGAGCAUGGAAAGUAGCAAUGGUGUGAACAGCGCGAUGAUGGAUCAUGUUAGGCAGCUAAUCAACCAGGUAGAAGGCUUUCCCUUCAUCGGAGACAUAGUUGAGAACGUUUUAAAUCAGGUACUACGCAUUACGAUUCAAUUGGACAAUGCAACCAACGGAGCUUUUAGUCGGAUGAUGAAUAAGGUAAUGCCAUGUACAAUUGCUGUUGAGGGAAGUACAGUGUGCAGCGGAGAUCCCAUGGUAUUACAAAUUCGUGAGUUCACUAUAAACGUGAUAAAUCAGUUCUUUCCUCCAUGGGCAAGGAUUGUGAUGACCACGGUUAUGGAUCGCAUAAAUCCUAAUAAUUUCUCUGACAACCGCUAGCCUGGCUCUGUCCAU